AUGGCAUCUUCAAAUAAUGAUUCACCACUUCUCGCCCUGCCGCGCGAGUUGCGCGACGAGAUUCUUGGCUACCUGAUCCUACCGCAGUACGUCUACACAUCGACUUCGAUAAAGGACACCCAGCAUUUGUACAGAUCGCGUCAAAUACCCUUGGAUACAUAUGUCGAUACACGCAUCUAUCUCCCUUCCCGUCCACCUCCAAACGUCCUAGCAACGUGUCGGCAGCUACGAGAAGAGUGUCUAGAACACCGUCUUCUGCUGUCAAGGGUCACUCCAACAACGCCAGACUCGCAGGAGCAGCCCUUGAGUUGGGUCGUGGCUGAGAGGCUUGGAACCGAACGUGCCGAAGAAGCAGAGCGUGCCUGCGACGACGACGCUCUGCGUAUUACAGUGGAGAUACAGCGCCAGCUACGCGGGGCUCACGGUUACUACGUCCCCACGCGCGAAGAGAUGUCGCCUCGUUUCCUCGCACUACUUCCAAUCAUUUGCAGGACUAAAAAGCUUAGGCUGACUAUCUGGCCCGGAUACGACUGGUGGAAUGGUGGUCCGCAGGUGUUCAUCGAUAAACGCGGGAAUGCUCGCGUCAACCCUGGUGAGGCAGCGAAGCCCAAUGCUGCCUCAGUUGCCAUCAGCCGGAUCCUUCAGUACUUCCCUCAUGUCGAGGAACUUCAUGUGGAUGUUCUCAUGCAGGCAUCCGACGGUGGUAGGUGGGACUUGCCAGACAAGAAGUGGGAAAAUGUUCAGCCCUGGCUGGAUGCACCCGUUACUCCUGCAGUAGGAGAGACAGUCAUGAAAGUUACUAGAAAGCUAAUUGGCUUCUGGAAGACAUGGGAGCCGGAGCCCUUCUACAGUCAGCACGAGACUCGUCAAUCAGGCAAUACUUGGAACGUCAACAGGAAGGGUGAUAUGGCCACCUUCCAGCCGACGAUGAAGUCCUUCUGCGAUACCGGCAAUGAAGCCGACCUGGAAUUUCUCAGAUCGCUCGUAGUCGAAGAAUCGUUCGUCCGAAAUGAUUAG